AUGUUCAGGCCCGCGGCAGGGGGCGGGGUCGCUCCUCCUCCUCUGCUCUGGUUCCCGCGGAGCCUCACGGACGCUGAGAUGGAAAGCCCAAGGCUGCUCCCAGCUACCGGGACGCGACAGAGCGAGGGUGCUGGCAUCCCCGCGGGCGGCACCCGGGUCCACAGAGGCCCUGACCCGUGGGCUGGCCAGGUCCCCGCGCGCCGACUCCUGCUGCUCCGGGGCCUCCAAGAUGGCGGUCCCGAGAGGGGGUGCGAGGAGGCCCGCGCGGCCUCACGGGGCUCAGGCCCCAGCCCGUUGGCGCCCAGGCCAGAUUACGCUGGCGGCGGUGGCGGCAGCGGCGACGGCGAUGACCUUUUCCUGGUGCUGCUGGACCCAGUGGGUGGUGAUGUGGAGACCUCGGAAGCCCGCCAGGCCUCAGGGCCUGUAGGAAGGGAGGAGGCCCAGUCUGGCCCACAGCUCCAGAAGGGUGAGAGUGGCGGGAACCCACUUGGGCGACCGGCGCUAGGCCCCCACUGCCAGUCUGCGGUCCCCGCCCCACCCCCGGCCCAAGCCCCAACCCCGGUCCCCGCCCCAGGCCUGGGACCCGCCGUGGCCUUCGCGAGCACUAUCACCAUCCACAACCAAAACCUGCUUUUGCGCUUUGAGAAUGGUGUCCUCACCCUUGCCACGCCCCCGCCGCCAGCCUGGGAGCCUGGGGUCGCACCUGCCCCUCAGCCUGGGGGUCUGAUGGCUCACCAAACUGGGAUCCCACACGCAGCGCAGCCCAGCGACUGCCCCGAGCUGCCGCCCGACCUCCUGCUGGCCGAACCGGCUGAACCGGUGUCUGCCCCGGCGCCUGAGGAGGAGGCAGAGAGCCAGCUCGCAGCCCAGAGCCCCCGCAGGCCGCUGGGCCCGGGCCCCGGGGUGGUGCUGUACCUGUGUCCCGAGGCCCAGUGCGGACAAACCUUUGCCAAGAAGCACCAGCUGAAGGUGCACCUGCUGACUCACAGCAGUAGCCAGGGCCAGCGGCCCUUCAAGUGCCCCCUGGGCGGCUGCGGCUGGACUUUCACCACCUCCUACAAGCUCAAGAGGCACCUGCAGUCUCACGACAAACUUCGGCCCUUUGGCUGCCCUGCGGAGGGCUGUGGCAAGAGCUUCACCACAGUGUAUAACCUUAAGGCACACAUGAAGGGCCAUGAGCAGGAGAACUCAUUCAAGUGCGAGGUGUGCGAGGAGAGCUUCCCUACACAGGCCAAACUCAGCGCCCACCAACGCAGCCAUUUCGAGCCCGAGAGGCCCUAUCAGUGCGCGUUUUCCGGCUGCAAGAAGACGUUUAUCACAGUGAGUGCCCUGUUUUCCCAUAACCGUGCCCACUUCAGGGAACAGGAACUCUUCUCCUGCUCUUUUCCUGGAUGCAGCAAACAGUACGACAAGGCUUGUCGCCUGAAAAUUCACCUGCGGAGCCACACAGGUGAGAGACCUUUCCUUUGUGACUUUGACGGCUGUGGCUGGAACUUCACCAGCAUGUCCAAACUCUUAAGGCACAAAAGGAAGCACGAUGAUGACCGGAGGUUCAUGUGUCCUGUGGAAGGCUGUGGGAAAUCUUUCACGAGGGCCGAGCACCUGAAAGGCCACAGCAUAACCCACCUGGGCACAAAGCCUUUUGUGUGCCCUGUGGAAGGCUGCUGUGCCAGGUUCUCUGCUCGCAGUAGUCUCUACAUUCACUCCAAGAAACACUUGCAGGAUGUGGACACUUGGAAACGCCGUUGCCCAGUCUCUACUUGUAAUAAACUUUUCACAUCCAAGCACAGCAUGAAGACCCACAUGGCCAAAAGGCACAACCUCAGCCAGGAUCUCUUAGCUCAGCUGGAAGCUGCAAAUUCUCUUACACCCAGCAGUGAACUUACCAGCCAGGGACAGAGUGAUCUCAAUGAUGCAGAGCUAGUGUCUCUCUUCUCUGAUGUGCCUGGCAGUAGUUCUGCUGCAGUGUUGGACACAGCACUGGUGAACUCUGGAAUCUUGACUAUUGAUGUGGCUUCUGUGAGUUCAACUCUGGCAGGGAACCUCCCUGCUAAUAAUAAUAAUUCCUUAGGGCAGGCUGUGGACCCUCGGACCUUGAUGGCCACCAGUGACCUUCCCCAAAGUCUGGAUACCUCUCUCUUUUUUGGAACAACAGCCUCUGGUUUUCAGCAGAGUCCCUUAGAUAUGGAUGAUGCCUCAAGUCUAAGUGUGGGGCCAUUGGCAUCUCUGGGCCCUUUGGCUAUGAAAAACUCGAGUCAAGAACCCCAAGCUUUGACGCCCAGCAGCAAGCUAACAGUGGACACAGAUUCUCUGACUCCUUCCAGCACCCUUUGUGAAAACAGUGUCUCAGAACUACUGAUGCCAACCAAAGCAGAAUGGAAUGUACAUCCUGACUCUGACUUCUUUGGACAGGAGGAAGAAACCCAGUUUGGAUUUUCCAAUCCAGCAGGAAACCAUGGUUCUCAGAAAGAAACAGAUCUUAUUACAGUGACUGGCAGCUCAUUUUUGUGUUUGUUUUAAGGUGUACUUUGUUUGACCAAGAAGAUAGUGGUGGAAUAGAAGAACCAUAGGCUCACCUGCUCCCACAAACACAAUUAUAUAACUAUCAAAUCAUCCUAAAUACCCCAUAAAUCGACCUGAACAAUGACAGAACAAGCUUCACAACUAGAGUGAGAGAAGAGGCCACAUUGAAGAAAGUAGGAAGUGCGGAGACAUGGUUUAGUUGAGAAACCUAUCAUGGGUGCUGCAAAGGAGAGAGAAUCAUGUUUACAAAGAAGGGUGAGAGAAUGAGGAACACACAUGGCAAUACACAAGGAGAAUGUUUUCCCAUAGUCAUUGGCUAGGAAAAUGAGGGGGGCUGAAUUGUGUGAGUUCUUGUAAGCAGCAAGGCCUAAAGCCUGGAAACAGUCCUACAGAAUGUGAAAAGGUAUUUGCAAAUGACAUAUCCAAUAAAGGGCUAGUAUCCAAAAUAUGUAAAGAACUUAAAAAACUAAACACCCCAAAACAAAUAACCCAAUUAAUAAUAGGCAAAAGGCAUGAAGAGACAUUUCUACAGAGAAGAUAUACAGAUGGCAAACAGACACAAGAUGCUCAACACCCCUUAUCAUCAGGAAAAAGUAAACCCAAACUAUAACAAGAUAUCACCUCAUACCUGUCAGAAUGACUAAAAUCAACAACAUAAGUAACAACAGAUGUUGGGGAAAAUGUGGAGAAUGGGGAACCCUCUUGCAAUGUUGGUGGGAAUGCAAAAUGUUACAGCACUCUGGUAAAUAAUAUGGAGGUUCCUCAAAAAGUUAAAGAUAGAACUACCCUACAGUCUAGUAACUUCACUACAUGGAAUUUACCCAAAGAAUACAAACAUACUAAUUCAAAGGUAUACAUGCACUCCAAAGCUUAUAGCAGCAUUGUGUAGAAUAGGCCAAAUUAUGGAAAGAGCCCAAAUGAAGAACAAAGAAUAUGUGAUUAUAUAUAUUUAUAUAUGUUAUUAUAAUUAUUAUUCUAUAUAUUAGUUAUAUAUAACAUAUAGAAUUAUAUUGUUAUAUAAUUAGUUAUAUAAUAAUAUA